UUCAGGGCAGUCUCAUCGCUUGUGGGCGAGGCUGUUUUCUUCCCAACCCCCUGGGAAUGCCUCCUCUGGGACCUGGGCCUGAGGUUGUAAUAAAUGCCCAGCAGAGCUGCGGUCCAGCACCCUGGGUCCUCCCCACCUCCGCUAGCCUGCCGCGCUCCCUGCCCUGGCACCGGCGUCAUGCUCUGGAAGGCCCUGCUCCUCCUCUCCGCCUGCUUUGCCCUGGCGGUGACUUACCCCGCACUGCUUCAGGAAUUCAUCACUGACUUAGAGUCAACCACUGUCCUGGAGUCAACCACUGACCCAGAGUCGACCACUGGCCUAGAUUUGACUACUGGCCUACAGUGGACCACUGGCCUAGAGUUGACCACUGGCCUAGAGUUGACUACUGGCCCAGAGUCGACCAUUGGCCCAGAGUUGACCACUGACCCAGAGUCGACCACUGGCCUAGAUUUGACCACUGGCCUAGAGUUGACCACUGGCCUAGAGUCAACCACUGACCCAGAGUCGACCACUGGCUCAGAGUCGACCACUGGCCCAGAAUUGACCACUGGCUUAGAGUCGACUGCUGACCCAGAGUCGACCACUGGCCUACAGUGGGCCACUGGCUUAGAGUCAACCACUGACCCAGAGUCGACCACUGGCCUAGAGUCGACCACUGACCCAGAGUCGACCACUGGCCUAGAGUCGACCACUGACCCAGAGUCGACCACUGACCCAGAGUCGACCACUGGCCUAGAGUCGACCACUGACCUGUCAGACUUGACCACGCACCAUGACUUCACUGAAGAUGCACAAACAACAACUGACGUGUAUUUGGAGAACACACAGACUUUUGAAUUGCCUACUAAUGUGGGAUUAAACACCCUGAGCUCUAAGGAAGAAGCCACUGAGGUCACAGAGGAGCCCAGCACCUCCACGGGAAGCAACGAGUACAACACAGUGUUUUUUGUUUAGAAAAUGAAGCAGAUUCUCAUUACCUGUGACCAUCGCUCUACUAACCACAACAUUCUAAGAAGAUUCUGAGCCUCUGAACAAGCCUUCCAUUCCAUUAUAGGAGCUUGAAUAAUUGUAAAAGACUAGACUAGUGAGACAUCGGAGGUACCUACUUGAGGAUAAACAGAGUGGCAGGAAUUAUACACAGACAGAAGAGGGGCAUCUCUUAACCAUGUCCCAUUUAAUAUGGGCUCAAUAAAUGUUCAUUUGUACUAAAUUUUGAGAGGGGGUUUU